AUCAAAACCAACGUGUCUUAAGUGCGGACUCCCGUUUAUGCUAUUCAACACUCACACAUUUUUACGUGCAUUCAUUCAUUAUUUUCACAUCUUAUGAAUUAAAAAACACUGUUUUAUUAAUUUCGUGUUGCGUUUCCAGUAUUCCAAUUUGAACGCCAUUUUUGUGCAAUCAGGCAUGAAUACAAAAUAUAUCUGAUAAAACACUGGUAACAUUCAUUGGAAGAUACAUCGUUUUAUAGUAUUUUUUAUUCCCACUUGUAAAUGUUGGCCAAUUAUUAUUCAUCUUUUGCAUUAUUGAUUCACAGCACUUGGGUUUGUUUAUUAUUGUUAUCCUUAUUCACACAUGGCCUUGGCCCCUCGGUGGGGGGGGGGGGGACAGGUUAAUGGUUAGCGGCGAGUGGGCGCAGCGGUAAGCAUGCAGUACAUGUACGUACGUUUUACCAUGGACCUAUGAAAGCUGGACAUUCAUCGGUUAGUUAAUGAAUUCACUAACAUCUGACUGUCAUUGUCAUGUGAAUAACAUUCUCUUCAUAUUUAUCUCCUGUGAUACCAUCAUGGUCGCCGUCAAUUAAACCAUGAGUUACAGAAGCUUUCGGUGAUUAGACAUUUAAUAUUAGACAAAUUGUAUGCGCAGAAGGUAAUAAAUUACCUGAAUUCUCGGAAAUUAAUGUGCAGUUCUGGUUUACAAAUGGUUAUCUUAGUUCCAUGGUUUUUAUUUGGAAAAAUGUAUGAAUAUUUCAAGAUAGAGGCUAAAAUGAAAUUGAUUGAUUGUAAUUUAUAAUCAAAUUUUAAAGAUUUCCUCAUAAUAUUCCAGAGAAACAUGGUCGGUUUCUUGUAGGGGUCGUCCCCCUCUCGUUGUUAGAAAAGUCAUUAUGAGUGUGCAGAAGCGUGCAAAUCGAUAAUAAUAAAUUUGAUAUCACAAAAAUCGUCUGCUUCUCAAUUUGCUGUUCCAAAUCUGAAACAUCUUAAUUGAAAGGUAUACUCUGCUACAAGACAUCAGCCAACAAAAGGAAAAAGAGCAAAACAUUCCUUUGUGAAGAUCAGAUUCGCCUUGGUAGUCGCUAUUGUCAAAGCACCUGUAUGUUAUCAUUAAUAUGCACAUAAUCAGGAGACGGCGACUAUGAUUGCAUCAAAAGAAUGAUCGCGUUAAUCGUCCAUUUAUUAUAGGUCCAUGGUUUUACCAAGGAGGUUUAAAUGAGAUGGAGUAACAGCAAACAAAAUCCCUUUGAACAAGCUUCAAAGCCGCCAGCAGAAAGUAUGUCAGGCAUGCACUUUGCUCAACAUCUCUUGCAAUUGUGUAGACAAAUGAUUCCCGCAUGACUCCGCAGCUAUAGGUCAUACAGAAAGGGAAAUAUGCUUUUGUGAUGAUAAUUACUUUUUCGCCGCAUCUUGGUCUGGUUAUAUGUGUAGUACAUAAUUCGGAGGCAUGCAAAAAUAAACUAUGCAAUAUGUCCUGAAAUAUGUCUCAAAUUUGCUCGACUGGGCACGUGCGGGCACUAAUCUGGCAUAUACAGUAAUGAACAACAAUAUUCCACCGACCACAUUUGAAAUUUUCAUUCGCCGCAAACGAUCGGAAGAGUGUUAAAAUCUGGUUUCAGUAAAGGUCAAAUUCUUUCUUUUUUCACUAAUUACAGGUUAAUUGAUAUAAUCUGGGCAAAUAUCUCGUCGUAAUAGUGCUUGGUUAUUGAUAUUUUGUCAUGCAUUCAAAUUUCAGUUUGGUUAUUAAUAUGAAAGAUGGAAAAUCGAUACAAAUGAAAUAUUUGUAAAAUGUCACCCCUCGGAUUCCUUCAAUGAAACUGGCGGUUUCGAAGCUGAACAUCAAAAGGGUCCUAAUUGCCGUUCUUUCUUUUGUGCUUCUUUAGAAAUGAACAGCUGCUUGAAUAAAUUUGUUGCCUGUUGGAACUCCAGUCAUAGAAUCUUCUUGGUUUUACAAUGUUUGAGGGCUAGACUAUAUACGCAAGGUGCUGUUCACAUUUAAACGCGGUUCCAGCUGGCGUGACAUGCAAAGUCGACAUUUUUGCGAGUUUCAUGCAUUCUAGGAGGACGUCUAUAGGCACCGGUCAGGAUGGCUCUCUGGAUAAGCCUUACAACGUUUCUUCUGGGGCUGGUAACUUUCCUUGUUAGCUUGAUGUUGAUUCGUUCCCGGACAAGGAGAACACAAGCCAAUUUCCCGCCGAAGGGUCCCCCUGAAUGGCCGAUCAUCGGUAGCCUGCUCAGCCUCGCCGGGGAACACCCUCCGCACCAGAUCCUCGCCGGCAUGGCCAAAAAAUAUGGACCGAUAUUUAGUAUGCAGAUGGGAUCGUUCUAUACAAUAGUACUAAGUGAUUAUUCCCUUGUAAAACAGGCGUUUGCAAGAUCUGGAGAUGACUUCUGUGAUCGACCAAGGAUAACUAUGAUAGAGCAUUUAUCACGGGGCAAAGGUCUCAUCGCUGGAUACAGCAGCCCUGUCCAAACUGAACAGCGUCGUUUCACAUUUUCUGCGCUCCGAUCUCUGGGCAUGGGAAAGUUUCGAAUGGAAGAAACAAUUAUAGAGGAGGUUAAACACCUUGUAAAAAACUUUGAAGGACGUCAUUCUGAACCGUUCAGUCCGUUCCAUGACAUAAUUGUCUCAGUUUCGAAUAUUAUUUGUUGGUUGAAUCUUGGAAAGCGGUUUGAUUACAAUGAUGAGGACUUUAAGGGAGUCAUCGAAGCACUCUUGGCCAUCGUGGAGGUCACAGAAGUAGGAGGUGCGUUCAAUUUUAUUCCAUUCCUGCGCUUUUUACCUCGGAGUGGUCUUAAGAAAUGUCUUCAAAGCAAAGCUCAUUUUGACAAGUAUAUGUACCCCCUUUUUGGAAAAAUAAAACAGGAUUUUGUUGAGAAGUCCGACCCAGCAACAUGUUUCAUUCACAUGUAUGCUGACAAAAUAGCCGAAGCUGCGAGCAUGGCGAAGGAAAGCACUACCACGAAUUCGUUUAAUGACGAGAACAUGAUAGUGGCUGUUGCUGAUCUCUUUGUUGCCGGUACAGAGACGACAGCCACAACUCUCAAAUGGGCACUUCUCUAUAUGUUGGUCAAUCAGGAUGUCCAACAAAAGGUACAAGAGGAAUUAGACAGGGUAGUUGGUCUGGAUAGGUUGCCUAGUUUACUGGACAAACCUAAUUUGCCAUACACAGAAGCAACCUUGCUGGAGAUUCAGCGGAAGGCAUCGAUCGUGCCCUUGGGGGUCCCCCACGCAACUACCAAAGACGCUGUCCUCAAUGGCUAUGACAUCCCAAAAGGAACUGUCAUCCUACCUAACCAGUGGGCCAUUCAUCAUGACCCAGACCUAUGGAAGAAUCCUGAUGAGUUCAAUCCAGACAGGUUUCUUGACCCAGAAACCAAGCAGGUUGUUCAAAGGGAGGAACUCAUUCCGUUUUCUAUCGGUCGCCGAAGGUGCAUUGGCGAGGAGCUGGCAAAAGUAGAACUCUUUCUGUUCUUUUCUCACCUCCUGUGCCACUUUCGUUUUGUCCUACCCCCGGGAGCCCCUCCUCCCACAAUGAAGGGAAGAUCGCUUGCUACAUACGUACCUCACCAAUACUCACUGUGUGCUAUCCCGAGACGUACUGAGAAAAAGGACUGAUGAUAACUGUUAUGAUUAUGGUAACCAUCAGGGUGACACAAACAUUUGCCCCAGCGACAGUGGUGUACCUAGGAUUUUCCACAGGGGGGCAAAUUCGUCCGCCAAAAAAUUUGACAAGCAAAAAAAAAAGUCUUCAAGUUCAAAAGAGGGGGCCAUUUGUGGCUCGUCAGGGAUCAGUUGUGACUCGCCAGGGGGUAGGUCCCUUGCAUGAGUUGUGACCCGUCAGGGGAGGUAGUCUGCCCUCCCUUAGGUACCUAGUGCUCCUGCGACAUUUGCUCCGGUCUUGAUAUCUCAGAGGGCGUAGGGUUAGAGUUAGGACUGUAGUAGAGGUUUUUGGUUCAGAAGAAUGUAAAGAAAAUGGAUGGGGUUAUUUAGUUUUGGAGGUUAGAUUUUAUGGUCAUGAUUUCCAUCGGAGCUAUUGUAGCCGGAGCAAGAGCUAUGGAUCCACGACUAGUAUAGGUAUUUUAUUUUCUCAGUUUUUAUACCUUUUUUAUUUUCAUGUCAGAAUCAUGUUCAUCAUCGCCUAUUUCAUUUUAUUUUGAUGUUCAUGUACUUUGCCAUUUUAUUGUUACAUUUCGAUCACGCUAUGCAUCUAUUAUGUAUUGUUAAUUUGAUAUGUAUACUUAUGAAUCUCUUUUCUUUUAUACUGCAUGUAGUUUUCCUUUUUAAUUAAUUCUGUAAUUGUUUACCAUUGUAUAAUGAUUGUUAUAUGUAUUUGAUAGGUACAGGGCUCUCUCGAAAAGCAGUUUUUAUGUACUGAAGAGACCACCCUGUCCAAGGAAAACAUAAAUAAAUAAAUAAAUAAAUAAAUCAUGACUGUGCAUCUGCAACCCCAGAAUCACUAUAUGACAUCGACUCCAUGAUUCUUGCUCCGGCGAUAAUAACUCCGAUGGAAUGGUGAUACCUCUACUACGAGUACUGCUAUUACUAUCAUGGGCGGCAACUCAGGACGGGGUGGAGGGGGGUACCAAUGUCCUUCGAUUUUUUGUAUACCAACCUAUGAGAGAGUGUGGUCUCGUCUACAGAAAAAAAAUGUCCUUCGAAAUCGCCGCCAAUUACUUCUACUACUACUACCACUACUACUACUACUAUUAUUACUACUACUACUAUUAUUACUACGGCCACCACCGGCUAAUAUUACUAUUCUAAUUUUCAAUACUUCUACCAGUUCAAGUAUAAAUUAUUGCCAUUCUUUCGAUGAUAAUGAUUUAAGUCAUGUUGAAAUUUGAAUUACCCAAAAUUGUUGUAUAGGACCUGUAUACAAAGCGAUGCUCAAUACAAUCGUGUUCAGAAGAUGCCGGCCCCUUUAUCAACAUCCUCUUAAGCGCAGCCUGAGCAUGCUCACCCUCGGUCCUAGAUUUCCCCAGGUAUCCGACGAUACAGAACUCCCAUUUAGGUGUGAAGAAGCCUGCGACCCCCCCCUCCCCCCUUCACCUCCAGCAGUAAUAAAUUGCCGCCCUUGGUACGAAUUCAAAACCAGGAUUUUUUUUUUUUUUUUGCAUAGGCCUCGUUUUACAGAGCUGCAAGUUUGCAACAGAGAUUCGGAUUUGUACAUGACUUUUUCAGCAUGGUCGAAAGUUCCUACAUUGGUGGAAAUUUUUUAUUCAUGUUGUAUUUAACAUAAUCGAUAAAAACAGUGGAAGGUAGUCCGGUUCAGUUUAAAAAAAAUUUACAACGGAGCCCUCCGCGAAUAAAAAGAAACAUGAACAUGUUAAAACAAAUAUAGAACAAAUACAUGGUAAAUGAAUAAAUAACAUAACAAUAAUAUAAGGAAAUAGAUAACAUAAAUCAAAAUUAAAAACAUAAACAAAAACACGCUUAUAAACUUAAACCGUAAUUAAGUAAUGUAAGUGUGGCUGCACGUGGUAUACCCCCCCCCCUCUCUCUCUCUCUCUCCCAAACCGGGCCAGGUUGUCAAGUUAGACCAUGUUGAUAAAAAAAAAAUCAGUUUUUUGAAGUUAUUUAGGGACUUAAAGUUUUGUACGGACAAUUGCAAUUUAUUGAAAAUAGAAUUUGCAGUGAAUGAGAAAGAUCUUUUUUAAUUCAAAUUUAGGGUAUGGUAUUUGUAGACGAUUUUGGGCGGAAUGUCUAGUAUUAUAAACAAUGGGUCGUAUAACAGAUAAUUGUUUCAAGUAUUUUGGUGCAGAAUCAUUCCAAUUUCUGUAAAUUAAAAUACAUUGUUGGUAUUUAAUCCCCUGUUCAACGGAUUGCCAGUCGAGUGUAGUUAACAAAGAACAUUGUGAAGUUGAAUAAUCUGUAUUCAAAACCAAGCGAGCAUAUCUACUCCGCAAUUUCUGUAAUCGGGUUAUAUUACUUUUCAAACUAUUUCCCCACGCUGUACAACAAUAAUCAAUAUGUGACAAGAUAAGGGCAAAGUAUAACUGUUUAAUUGAUUUCUUUUGAUCAAAUGUUUAAUUCAACGUAUGCAAGCGAUAGAGCGUGAUAUUUUAUAAGAGAUGUAUUGCAAAAACCAGCUUAAUUGAGAGUCGAAAAUGAUUCCUAAGUAUUUAAUAUUAUCAACAUGUUCCAAAGUUGUUUUCUCAAAUUUAAUUGUGAUUGUAUUAUUUUGUAAUUUACGUUUAUUACCGAAAAUCACGAUCUUAGUCUUUUGUGGGUGUAGAUACAUUCGAUUAAUUUCAUCGCUUUUAUUCGAUUAAUUUUAUCCUCCUCUCCAGGGUCCUAGGGUCAACAUUACAAGUGCCUUUUCUUUGAACUCCAUUGAGGGGUAUGUGUCAUUUUAUAGAAUACCCGAAUUGAGUUGCUCUUUGCUAUUUGUGCAAUUCCGAUUGUACUCUCGCACCGGGAUACUAUUUUUUGUAUGUCAUUGCUAAAUAAUUAAUUGUCAUGUUAAUGGCCUUGGGUAAAUCUAUAUUACUCAUUUUUGUCUCACCUGCAUAGCAGAGUGAGACUAUAGGCGCCGCUUUUCCGACGGCGACGGCGACGGCGGCGGCGUCAACACCAAAUCUUAACCUGAGGUUAAGUUUUUGAAAUGACAGCAUAACUUAGAAAGUAUAUGGACCUAGUUCAUGAAACUUGGCCAUAAGGUUAAUCAAGUAUUACUGAACAUCCUGCCUGAGUUUCAUGUCACAUGACCAAGGUCAAAGGUCAUUUAGGGUCAAUGAACUUAGACCAUGUUGGGGGAAUCAACAUCAAAAUCUUAACCUAAGGUUAAGUUUUUGAAAUGUCAUCAUAACUUAGAAAAUAUAUGGACCUAGUUCAUGAAACUUAUACAUAAUGUUAAUCAAGUAUCACUGAACAUCCUGCAUGAGUUUCACGUCACAUGACCGAGGUCAAAGGUCAUUUAGGGUCAAUGAACUUUGGCCAAAUUGGGGGUAUCUGUUGAAUUACCAUCAUAACUUUGAAAGUUUAUGGAUCUGAUUCAUGAAACUUGGACACAAUAGUAAUCAAGUAUUACCGAACAUCCUGUGCAAGUUUCAGGUCACAUGAUCAAGGUCAAAGGUCAUUUAGGGUCAAUGAACUUUGGCCAAAUUGGGGUAUUUGUUGAAUUACAGCCAUAAAUUUGAAAGUGUGUUGGUCUAGUUCAUAAAACUUGGACAUAAGAGUAAUCAGGUAUCACUGAACAUCCUGUGCGAGUUUCAGGUCACAUGAUCAAGGUCAAAGGUCAUGUAAGGUCAAAGAACUUUGGCCACGUUGCUGGUACAUGUAUUUGUUGAAUUGCCAUCAUAUCUCUUUAAGUGUAUUGGUCUAGUUCAUAAAACGUGGAAAUAAGAGUAACCAAGUAUCACUGAACAUCUUGUGCGAGUCAUAGUAGUUUUCAAAAUCAGCACUGCUGCUAUAUUGAAUCGCGUGAUGCAGGUGAGACGGCCAGAGGCAUUCCACUUGUUUA